AUGUCUGUUUCCGGACUCUUUCGUGGCAGUCAAUCUCGCUUUUCUUUCCUAUGGGUUGUGCUCGCGGGCUCCCGGCUCAGCAGCCGCAGGCUCUUGCAUAACGCGGUCUCUCGUUUCGCCGGUCGCCCUUUCAUCUUUGCCAUCGCGGCCAUCGCCGUACUCGCAGCCAAGUCGGUGCAUGUCUACGCUCACCACACUGCACUCAGCGCGUCUGACAUACUGCUGUGGUUGCUCUCGUUCUUCGCCCAAGACACGGUGUUUCUGAUCCUGUUACGAAUUCUGCUGGACGACGAACUGUGUACAACAAGACGCUGGAUACGUGGGGGAGCCACAGCUCUCGCGACGAUCACGUCAGCAGUGACCUAUCUCCUAGCAGCUGCAAACAUUUCGUUCUUCGCCGCGGCUGGCUCGGAGGUUCACUGGCGCAAUAUUGGCUUUGUUGGCGACAAGUCUUCUCGCAAGGUACUGCUCUCGGGACUCGCUUCGUCCAUUGCCGUGGGCAUUGUUAUGGUCGCUACGAGCUGGCUUGCACAGUGCUACCUCUACACCUUGGCCGGCGUUGCCCAAGAACUCACGGUUUCGCUAUUCAUCCGAGCCGCCUCGAUCCUCCGAUACCUCCCAAAAAAGGCGGUCCGAUACAUCCAUCUCCCUCAGCUAGAUCCUGAAGAAGCAUCAGAUUUCGACCACAAGGACGAAUUUGGCGAAAGCAAUGGCGGCUCCCCUUCUGCUUGGACGUGGCCAAAGAUCGUCAUGGGUGUCUACUUGAUUCUUCAAGUUGUCUCAAUCGUAAUCCGGCCGGCAGAGAGCUCUUUGGUCUUUCUGUCAUGGACCAUGAUCCUACUCCCAUGGGUUGAUUUCACGAACUCGUCUCCGAGUCUGGCUGGCCUACUACCAUUCUACGGGAACGGCAUUAACCGACAGUGGGACGGCCGCACAGCCCUUACCAAGCCCAUCCAGUUUCCGUGGCUUCCGAAGAACAAUCCUCUCGCAGGAUUUGAUGACUGGUAUAAUUCCGGCAACGACCAUUAUAAUGCAGCGGAGGAUCCUUUAAAGAUUUCAAACUUGAACGACGACCUACUCCCUGGAAUCCAGCAAGCGCUCAGCGACAUCAAGAUUCGUCACGUAGUUUUGGUGAAGCUUGAGAGCACCCGAAAGGACGUAUUCCCGAUCAAGAAGAACGGCUACAUCUGGAAACGACUUGCCUCAACCUUUCCAGACGCAAAAUUUCCAAGCAAGGCGGAACAGAGGCUUGCUACUCUGACACCGAACGCUAAUUUCCUGACCGGAGAUUACGAAGACGGUUUUGUGCAUACUCAGAAGAGACGGCGCGGCGGCAUCAACUUCAACAAUGCUUACACGACAGCAACUUAUACUCUGAAAAGCAUGACAGGAACCCUGUGUGGGAUCACGCCUCUCGUCGCCGACUUCAAUGUCGAGUACCAAUACCACAUAUAUCAACCGUGUCUGCCUCACAUUUUCGACCUCUUCAAUACGCUCAAUGCUCGUGAGACCAACACAAAUGUCUCAUCCGAUUUUCACUCUCUCAAGUGGCGUUCAAGCCUAAUACAGUCCAUUACCGACACAUAUGACAAACAGGAUCGGCAAAUGUCUUUCCUGGGUUACAAGCCAGAGAACUUCAUCUACAAGGAAUAUCUCCAGAGUAGUGAUGCCAAGUUUGGCCCUGUCAAUCUUCCAGAGAUCAAUUACUAUGGGAUGGCUGAAGUUGCAGUCGAAGAUUACAUACGGGAUGCCUUCGUCCUUGCAAAGAAAGACAACGAACGGGUAUUCCUCACGCAUUUUACAAGCACAACUCACCACCCAUUUGCCAUUCCAGAAGAGGAAGAAUAUGCCAAACUCUCAAACGACGGAUUGAACGACCUCUCGCAUUAUCUGAACUCUAUCGGAUACGUCGAUCGGUGGCUAGGUCGGAUUCUAGAAAUUCUUGACGAGCAAAUGGUUGCAAAUGAGACGCUCAUCAUCAUGGCGGGAGAUCACGGUAUCUCUGUGGCGGAGAACAAUGGCGUGACGCCAUAUUACAACCCUAACAUUGGCAAUUUUCAUGUUCCUCUUGUCAUUUCGCACCCACACCUCCCCAAUAUCGAUAUCGACGAUGCGGUGGAGUCGCUGCAAAUCCUCCCAACCAUCUUAGAUCUGCUCCUGGAAACGGGUUCGUUACCGGAUUCUCAGAAACAGGUAGCCCAUGACCUAGUCCGGAACUACGAAGGACAGUCCCUUAUCCGGCCGCUGCACAAGACCUCCAACGGUACCGCAGGGCCUCAUGCGUACUGGCAGUUCACAGUCAUGAAUCCCGGUCGUGCCACGGUUGCCGUGCGUGAUGCUCGUCAACCAGGUUGGCGACUAAUCGUACCUAUCGUCCAAAACGUUGAGUGGCGCUUUACAGACCUAGGUCCUGAUCCGCACGAGAAUGAGCCGACGUUAGCUUUUGACUUCUUCACAUGUCUACGUAAGGUCAAAAGCAGGUAUGGUGUCGAAGCGGCCAAGUGGGCAGAGGAAGCUGCCUUCAUGGCCCGCUGGUGGGUUGAGGAGAACAGAAAACGCUAUCGGUACGAUUCGCCGUUCAUCCAGAACAACUGA